GAGUGUUGGCACUUAUCCCUGACAGAGCCACGUUUGGCCACAACGUUUUGAAUUUUGGCUGUUUCUUGCAUUACAGCAGCUUUGUCAUCAUCCCCGCUGCCUGCUCAUUAAGUGGGCAGCUCAUUAAGCUGACAAGGGCAGGGCUGAUGGUGGCUGCCUGAGCCAGGCUGCCCAUGGGUGCCUGCCUCGGUGUGCCCCACUCCUGGUUUGCAGGUGCAGGGAGGGUUUGCAGCAGCAUUCCCAUCUCCAGAUGCCUGCAUAUGCCUGUGCUAACAGCAGCGUCGCUCCUGGCUUGCCUGCUGGCAAGGGGAGAUUUUACUGCUUCAAGGUUUGUUGCAGGGAUCUGAUGCAAGGAAACGUUGGAGCAUCCUGACUCAGCACCGCAGCGGAGGGGGACCCGUGGGAAAGACACGGAGCAUCUUCUCUCAGCAUCAGGGCAUGCGUGUGCCAGCAAACAGGAAGGUGCUUGAAACAGUAGGAGAUGUGCUGUACCUGCAGCUGGGACUGUAAACAGCUUGUGACCACAGGAGCUGAAAGUGUCUGUGUCCUUAAAACGUGAGCUCUACUCAGCAGGGGAUGAGCGAGGAGCAGCUCCCUGCAUCUCCCCACUGCCCCACCACGCAGGAGGACACCAAUGUCUCGGCCUCUGCGUUCCCCCAGUACUGGGUGGAGCCCCGGUUCACCCCAGCAGCCAAGGUCCGUGUGAUCAUCACAGCCAUGUUCUUCCUGCUGGCAGCAGGCAGCAAUGCAGCCGUGCUGGGCAGCCUGCUGAGGAAGAGGAGGAAAUCCCACGUGCAGCCGCUGAUCCUCAGCCUGGCACUGGCUGACCUGCUGGUGACAGUGAUGGUGAUGCCUCUGGAUGCAGCAUGGAACGUGACAGUGCAGUGGUAUGGAGGGGACAUCUCCUGCAAGGUCCUCAACUUCCUCAAGCUCUUUGCUAUGUACGCUGCUGCCCUGGUACUGGUGGUCAUCAGCCUGGACCGGCACGCAGCCAUCCUCCAUCCCUUCUCCCGUGCUCACCGCCGCAACGGGAUGCUGCUCCGUGCUGCCUGGGCUGGCAGCGUGCUCCUGGCUUUGCCCCAGCUUUUCCUCUUCCACCUGAACACAAUCCCAGGAAGGAAUUUCACCCAGUGUGUUACUCAUGGGAGCUUCCGAGCACACUGGGAGGAAACUGUCUACAACAUGUUCACCUUCACCACCCUCUACAUCACCCCCCUGAGCGUCAUGAUCGUCUGCUACAUCCGCAUCCUUUGGGAGAUCAGUAAGCAGCUAAAGGUCAAUAAAGGUUUGACAAGAAAUCAAAACGAACACAUCUCCAAGGCACGCAUGAAGACUCUCAAGAUGACCAUAGUGAUUGUUGCCACCUUCAUCAUCUGCUGGACCCCUUACUAUCUCCUGGGCUUGUGGUACUGGUUCCAGCCAGCCAUGAUCCAGAAGAUGCCAGAGUAUGUCAACCACAGCUUCUUCCUCUUUGGCCUGCUGCACACCUGCACUGACCCUAUCAUUUAUGGACUGUACACCCCUUCCUUUCGGGAGGAUGUGCAGUUGUGUCUCAGGGGCAUUGAAACAGCCAUCACCAGGCAAAAGAGACACAAACCCAUCUCAGCCUCAGAGAAAAACACCAAGGAUGGUGCUGCAAAUGCUGGGGUGGCAUCAGGGGGCUCCAACGGGACAACUGUCAGCACGGUCUGAUGAAGAGAUGUACCCACAAGGGGAUGGCAAGCACAGCUUUGGGACUGUUUUGUCCUGUAAGACCAUUUUGGAGACUGUCAUGACAAGGUUCCCUACUCACCUUUAGUGGGUGAGGAUUUCUGGCCAGAAACUGAGAAUGUGUCAUCUUCCUGUACUCAGGGUGAAAAAUUUGGGGGUAUUUCUGGUCAUUCUGCUGUAUUCUGGCGGUGGUGUGAGAACUAGAAAAAUAUCCUUUUUGUAUCUGACACAUGCUCCAGCCCUGAUUCUGGGAUCAAGCUUCUCCACACUUCCAGCAUCAACCUCUGGGAGGAAAUUUACCAUCUCCUCUGUGGCCCAGGUCAUGUCUCUGGAGUUCUGGUCUUCAAGUGCCCUUUGCACCUACACCCAGCUGUAGAGCUGCAUGGAUGGUGCCACCCUGAGCCUGCAAAGGUGUGAUCACAGGCUUUUACUCUGUUUUCUUCACCCAUUGUAGGAAAAGCUCUCUGGAAAUUUCAGAUCUCCUGACUCAGAACCUGCCUGGUUCUCCCAUGGCUGUGUGACAAGCCCUGGGAAAGAUCUAAAUAUCUGGAGGUUGACUAAUGCAGGGGCAUUCAUACCCCAGGCAUGGUGGGCAGGGAGGGAGUGCUGUGGGGAUGGAGGGACUCAGGCAGGAGUGGUACAAAGAACCACAGCAGGGUGGGGUGAGGUUUCUUCUCUCUUCUGAAGAGAGCCAGAAGGGAAAACAGUCCCUGCUACUGUUUUCUGGUGUGAAGGGGAUGGUACAGACAGACAGACACAUCAUUACACAGCAGCUCUGUGGGGCACAGGGCAAACCAGGAGAGAGAGUAUUUGGGGUGAUGAGAACCAGACCUGACACUGCCCCUUUCUGUCCCCAUGUCCAGAGCUCAAGCUGGCAGGCUGCAGGCCACAUGCAGGCCACAUUUGCUUUGCCCUAAGCAGCACCAGCCCCUCAGCUCUGCCUCAGCAGAGCAGGUGCAGCCACCCCACGGGUGUGUUUGAGGUGCCCCAAUGAUGGAAGGGAUGGGAUGCAGCUGGUAGGGCUCCACCAGCCCCUUUAGUGCCAGAUGGAGGUAAAUGAGGGCAAGGAGGACUUUUGGAGGGAUCAGCUGAGCUGUGGUGAGUAACAUGGGUUGUUUGCUUUCUACCAUAGUGCCAAAGUUGCUUGUGAAGGCAGAAGUCUCUUCUCUGGGUGUGGGUUGAAGAGAUGAGGUUUUUUUCAACUGUGUUGUCCUUUCCAGGUAAUUAGAAAUAGUAGAUUAUUUCUUUUUUUCAUUCUGUGUUGGUUGUUAUUAAAUGUGGGGUUUGCUUUUGAAGAGAAAUUCAGUUUUAAGCCAGGUGGGUUGUUGUUUUCUUAGUUUAGUUAAAGCUUUGGACAGCUCAGGAGCUCUGGACU